AUGGGGAAAAAAGAAGGGAAGAGAGCCUCAAAUUCAAUGGCUUUCUUAUUUACUACCGGUGCUCUUCUGCUGGUAGUACUAGUCUCUUUGAGUUUUCCAUCUCCAGCUGAUGCAUUCGGGAGAGUCCCUAAUUUUAAGCUCAAAUCUCCUUCACCACCACCAAAGAAGCCAAUUUACAUGCCUCCGACACCAACAAAGAGGCCAAUCUAUGUGCCUUCAACACCACCUAAGAAAUCUCCACCACUAGUACCAAAGAAGCCACCUCAUUAUGUGCCUUCAAAACCACCGAAGAAGCCAGUGAAGCCUAUGAAGCCAAAAUCCCCUCCACCACCAUAUCAACCAGACCUAACCACUGCCAAAAUAGGAAUUCCAAACAUCCGGCCAAAACCAAACAUUCCAGCAUACCCAAAAGCACCUGUCCACUUACAUAUUGGACACCCACCACCAUCUCGUUAUAUUAAUUUGAGUCAAUAA